AUAAGUGAUCCUCAGCUCACAGAGAAACAUGAUGAAUCCUAUGAAAGCCACCGUCCUCUUUGUUCUUCUGGGCCUGAUGGUUCAUGAAAUCUCCUGUCAGGAAACCAGAACUCCUAAGGAAGAGGUUGCCUUCCUGAAAGUGAGGCUUGACUUGAUGAAGGAUCGCUACAAGCAGCUGUGUAACCAGUACUCCAGUCUGGCCAACAACUGCUCAGCUCCAGCCAUAACCUGCAACGAGUGUCCUGCUGGAUGGCUACAGGUCAAAGAUCAGUGCUUCCUCCUGAACACCGACAGGCACAAUUUCUCCACCAGUGUGGAGAAAUGUAAAGAUAUCGGAGCCCACCUCGCCAUCUUGACCACAAGAGAACAGCAUGAGGCGGUGGAAAAAGAAGGCAGGAGGAUCGCGGGGUUUCACAUCUACUACUGGAUCGGACUGAGUGACAGUAAAACUGAAGGGGAAUGGAGAUGGGUGGACAACUCAGCGCUAAAAACUUCGUUCUGGGAUGUGCAGAGAUCAGAACCAGACAACAACCAAUCCCAAGGGCCUGAGGGAGAGGAUUGUGCGGUGGUGGACAGCUACACUCAGAACUGGUACGACGUUCCCUGUGAAUUCCCGUAUCCUCGGAUCUGUCAGAAAACCGCCAGCCCGCUGCUAUGAGAACCGACCACACAACUCUCUGCAGUACCUCCACUGAGCUGCUAAAGUUAUUGAUCCUUUAUUGAAGACGUUAUAAUACAUUUAUGAUAUUACAGUUUCAAUUCACAUUC